CAUCUCACCUCUUGUCUCAACCUGUUAUAUACCUUUUUCUCUGCACAUAUCUUUCCAAUGAAUCUCAAACUCGUGAACGCCAUCGACUCCGCGUCAGCCAUUCUGUACUUUGUUGACGGGUACUUUGCGUCGGUAAUGCAGGGCAUCUUUUUGCUGUACGUAGAAGCACAAGCGCAAGUGCCAUUGCUUGGCGUGGUGUCGAUUGUGCUCGAGUUUUAUCGCCUGGACGUGCUAAUUUCGAGCUGCGGGUUCUUCUGGAACUUUAUGGGCCGGGGGAUAUUUAACAUACUGUAGGUACAUUGCCCAAUGCGACACCAGCUGCGCAUUCUUGGCGCUGGCGUUUUUAUCAGGAUUAAUUUAACUUUCGACAACGGUACUUUUUUGUAGUAUCGGCUGCGUCGUGUUUGGCGGCAAGGUAUACACGCAUGUAGCCGG